GGGGAACAUUAAUUCGUUGCACCAAGUUAGUGUUGUAACCUGCAGUUGAAGGGUGUACAUGCAUACAGCAAUAUAUUAAGUCAAGUGAAACACAUAUGUCCUAAGGAGGACUUCAAUUGUAAUUUAAGGAUUAUGUUAUUACCAUUCUUUCGCGGGUGCAGUGCAAAGCAGUAUGUACAGCUAGCACUUUCAAGCACUCGUUUUUGCAUUGAAUGUUGCAACAUCAGAGGAGUAUCGACAUCCAGAAGCCAGCUUUUUCUCAAGAAGACCCCACAGCGAUUCUUCAAUCAGUCACGAGGAGCUAAAAGUCACAAGAGAAAACAAACCCAGGAAGAUGACUGGAAGAAAAGGAACAAGACAGUCCUCACAUACAUCGCGGCCGCAGGGGUCGGAAUGAUUGGGAUGUCCUAUGCCGCCGUUCCACUAUACAGACUGUACUGUCAAGCUACAGGAUUGGGUGGUACAGCGGUGUCAGGACACGACACAGAGCAAGUGGAGACUAUGAAGCCAGUUAGGGACCGUGUUAUAAAAGUGACUUUCAAUGCAGACACACACGCCAGCAUGCAAUGGAACUUUCGUCCACAGCAGUCAGAAAUUUUUGUGGUCCCAGGGGAAACUGCGCUGGCGUUUUAUAGGGCACGAAAUCCCACAGACAAACCUGUAAUAGGAAUUUCUACUUACAAUGUUGUGCCUUUUGAUGCUGGACAAUACUUUAAUAAGAUCCAGUGUUUCUGUUUUGAAGAGCAGAGGUUAAACCCGCAUGAGGAGGUAGACAUGCCUGUUUUCUUUUAUAUCGAUCCAGAGUUUGAUGAAGACCCCAGGAUGGCACGAGUUGACACUAUAACGCUCUCAUAUACCUUUUUUGAAGCCAAAGAGGGACAAAAGCUACCCCUUCCUGGUUACAGUUAAAUGAAAAAAGAUGCUGCAUUAUUCAGAGACUUUUAAUCAGAUGUGUCAUUAGGAAAGUGUAUCACAAGAAUGAUAUUCCAUUAGCUGAAAAUACAUUUUGGUAAUGUGAAUACACCAUUUAUGUAUGUGAUAUCACAUUGCACUUGAAAUAAUUUAUGUAGUUGAUCAUGGAUAACUAAGACUGACUGGUGAUCAGUGCUACUGUUUAAAAGAUUUUAUAUCUGCUGUUCAUCUGUUUGUGAGUUUAUGGUCGUAAUAAAAAAAAUUUAAGUUUGUA